AGCUGAUUCGCAGCACGGCCCUCCCUGGCUCAGUUGCACUCUGUUGGGUUUCUUAGCGCAGGCCCGGCCCCAGCCGCCGCUCGUUCGGCGGCCCGCCUUCUCCUCCUCCUCUGCUCCCGGUGCAACGCGCUUCGCCAUGGCCUUCGCCACCCGUCCGUUCGUGCGCUUGGCGUCCACCGCCGCCGCCAAGAAGCUGGUGGUGAAGCAUCUGACGGUGAUCGGAGGCGGCCUCAUGGGCGCCGGGAUCGCCCAGAUUGCUGCAGCAACUGGCCACACUGUGAUAUUGGUGGACCAGUCAAAUGAAAUACUAAAUAAAUCCAAGCAAGGAAUUGAAGAUAGCCUGAAAAGACUGGCCAAGAAAAAGUUUGCAGACAAACCUGAGGCUGGUGCUGAAUUCAUUGAGAAGACCUUAAAGAACUUGACCGUGAGCACAGAUCCAGUCUCUGUAGUACACAGCACUGACCUCGUAGUGGAAGCCAUUGUGGAAAACUUAGCAGCAAAAAACGAGCUCUUCAAGACACUGGAUAAGUUUGCCCCAGAGCACACAAUAUUUGCUAGCAACACUUCAUCAUUGCCAAUCACAGAUAUAGCCAAUGCUACCACCAGGCAGGACCGGUUUGGUGGCCUACAUUUCUUUAAUCCAGUGCCUCUGAUGAAACUUGUGGAGGUUGUCAAGACGCCAAUGACCAGCCAAAAAACCUUUGAAUCCCUCAUGGAUUUCAGCAAAGCAUUGGGGAAGAAUCCAGUCUCGUGUAAGGAUACUCCUGGGUUUAUUGUCAACAGGCUCCUUGUGCCUUACCUGAUGGAAGCAGCUCGGCUCUUUGAGAGAGGAGAUGCAUCAAAGGAAGAUAUUGACAUUGCCAUGAAGCUCGGGGCAGGUUAUCCCAUGGGCCCAUUUGAGCUCUUGGAUUAUGUUGGCUUGGAUACCAGUAAAUAUAUUAUAGAUGGGUGGCAUUUGUUAGAGCCAGACAACCCUCUUUUUGCUCCAAGCCCACUACUGAAUCAACUCGUAGAGGAGAAGAAACUGGGGAAGAAGACUGGAGAAGGAUUUUAUAAACACAAUUGAACCUGCUUUUCUCAUACAAGGAUAACCCUUCUGUGCCAUUUGGCAUUCCCAUGCUGUACUUGGAAUACUGCUUAAUCAGGGCUUUAAAAAGAAGAAGUCAGCACUCUAUAAUCAAAAUGUACAAUGUGUCUGGAGGCAGUUGUUUUCCCUGUCUAAUGAUUCCCUUGAUCUCUAAUACUGAGAGCUUUACAUACUCAAGUGCCUUUCUUUAUAAGCUCCCUUUAUACUGGUUCAAGACACUGUCUCAAAGACCAAAUGGGGUCUGAGUUCAUAAGACUUGUUAAAAAAAAAAAGUUUAAACUGGCAGACACUUUAAACCAAAUAAAAUUGUCCCAAGAUCA